AUGUCUUCGGCUGUAUCAAGAGCAAAAACUCGUAGACAAGAAGCUAAUUUAACACCAAGAACUCAGAUUCUUCCAAACUCUGGUAUGAAUGUCGUCGUUACUUUAAAAAGUGGUGUAAAAUAUCAAGGAUUUUUCAGGACGGCUUGCACAGAUGGUGAAAUGGGUGUGGUAUUAAGAUUAGCCAGGAGGAUUUUAUCCAAAAACGAAGAAAAAACUACUCCAAAUCCUGCAAAAGAAUCUUUUAUCAUAUUGGCAAAAGAUCUUAUGGACAUACAUGCUACGAAUGUUGACUUUUUUGCAUCAGAAAGACCAAGUUUUGAACGUGAUACUUUUCGAACUGAUUCUGAUAUAACUGAUCGCACAGAAAUCAGAGAAAGAGAACUUCAUAAAUGGACUCCUGAUGAAUCAGGAGAAAAUAUUCUAGAAAAUGGUGAUAAUAGUUGGGAUCAAUUUGAAGUGAAUAGACAAUUAUUUGGUAUAACCACUGAUUUCAAUGAAGAAAUUUAUACCACAAAAUUGGAUCGAUCAAAGCCUGAUUUUAAAGAACGAGAAAAGGCUGCUAUUGCUCUUGCAAAUGAAAUUAACAGAACUACUACUACAAACGUUCAUAUGUUGGAAGAACGUGGUCAUAUCAUAGAUGAAAGUCAAAUUGACGAAGAACAACUUUAUGGUGCUGUGGCUCGUCGUGAUCCAAGUAAAUACAUGCCACCUGCAAUUCGUAAACAACUGCAGGAACAACAAAAGCAGCAACAGCAACCAUCAUCGCCACCGCCACCAUCACAACCACCUUUACCCAUUCCUCCAUCAUCACCUGAUAACAACAAUAACAAGUCAGAACCUUUAAGCAACGGGACCACAACCACGACAGUAACCAAUACAACUGCUACCACAAAUAAAUCAACCGCACCUGUACAAAAAGUUAAUAGUUUGGCUAAAUUCCGUAUAACAGAACCAAUUGAAGUUUUACUUACUAAGGUUCCUAGGAGAAACAAUAAUAAUCAAAGCUCUGAGGGGAAAAAAAUCGAAACACAAAUGGAAACACAAAUUGUCAAAACAUUCCGACAAUUUGCAAAUAACGAAAAAGAAAGGCUUCAACAAAGAAAACAAGCUAUAUUCAAAAAAGAAAUGGAUGGAAAAUUAAAUUCACCAUUACCACAAGAUCUUAUACCAAUUUUGACAAAUGAUGAAUCUAAGCGUCAAAAACUUGCAGCUAAAUCUGUAACUACGAACAAUGAAAAAACAAAAGAUAAGGCACUAGAUAGAGCAACACUUAAAGAAGGGUUUAGUCCUUUUCAUAAAGGAAAACCAUUAGUAAAUCCAAGUUCAAUUGCACCAAUUUGGAAUUAUGGCACAAGACCAUUCAGACACCACUUUGUCACAUCUAAUUAUGAUGAAGAAAUAUAUCCUCAAGCAACGGUCAAUCCAGGCUAUGGAUUCACAAGUUAUCCUGUUGCACCACCUUUCCGAUAUCCAAAUGCAGCACAAUAUGGUGUAGUUCCACAGAUGCCUUUACAACAACCUACACCUAUGCCAUAUAUGCAACAAGGGUUUGUACCUGGUGUAUCAUUUCCUACGCCACCAAUUCCGCAAAAUGGUGCCCCUCCUAUUUAUAAUCAAAUGCAAACAAUCGUUCCACAGCAUUUUGGUUCACAAGGAUUUCCAUCUCCAGGACGUACACCAAUGGUUCCAGCUGGAAUGCAUCCACAAAUAUAUCAGCCAUAUCAAAACCCACAUGCAAUACCACAAAUGAUGAGAUAUCCACAUGAAAUGGUACCUCAAGUACCACCAAAUGGUGUAAUUUUGGGACAAAGGCCUAUGAUGAUGGAGCCUCAUUAUGUACCACAACCUGAAAAUAAUCAGAUGGGUAAAUUAAAAAAUUAA